GACACUUCAAUUGUUAUAAUUAUGCUUCUUCUUCUUCUUCAUGAAAAAUCCCAAGUUAUAAGAAAUAAAACAUAAACCACUACAUCAUCAAUCACAAUUGUGGCGCCGAGCAGUCGCACAGUGCUUUUUAUACUCCCCGCCGUGGUUGCACUCCUAUCCGCUUGGUUCAUCGCAUUCACGAACCCGCGAUCGGCUUCACCUUAUUUCCCUGCAAACCUUGUUGGUAUAAAACACGUAAAUAGCCAACAACAAUCCCUCGAAAUGUCUGGAUUGAGAUCCGUAGUUUACUUUGUCAAUUGGGCAAUCUACGGACGUAACCACAAUCCGCAAGACCUUCCUGCAGACAAGCUCACUCAUGUGUUGUACUCGUUUGCCAAUGUCCGUCCAGAAUCGGGCGAAGUCUACCUGACAGACAGUUGGGCGGAUACAGAAAAGCACUACCCUACCGAUUCAUGGAAUGACCAGGGUACCAAUGCCUACGGCUGCAUAAAGCAGCUCUAUCUGCUCAAGAAGCAGAACAGAAGACUAAAAGUGCUUAUUUCAAUCGGCGGCUGGACUUACUCGGCAAAUUUCGCGCAACCAGCAAGUACAGAAACUGGAAGGGAGACAUUUGCCAAGACGGCUACGCAGUUGGUUCUUGAUUUAGGCCUUGACGGUAUCGACAUUGACUGGGAGUAUCCUCAAGAUGAUACACAAGCUCAGAACUUUGUUGCCCUUCUUCAGAAAUGUCGAGAGACUCUCGAUCAAGCAGCAGGUCCAAAUAGGAAAUUCCUCCUUACAAUUGCUUGUCCGGCGGGAGCGUCAAACUAUCAAAAGCUUCGACUUCGUGAGAUGACACCUUAUUUAGACUUUUAUAACCUGAUGGGUUACGACUACGCAGGUUCAUGGGAUCAAGUCGCCGGCCAUCAGGCCAAUCUUUUCCCGUCAAACCAGUACGCUUCAGCCACUCCAUUCUCCACCGUCGGUGCCCUUGAUUACUACAUCAAAGCCGCCGGUGUACCCCCCUCAAAGAUGGUACUGGGAAUGCCACUUUAUGGGCGUGCGUUCCAGAAUACUCAAGGACCAGGCACAUCAUACAACGGUGUAGGCGAAGGUAGCUGGGAGCAAGGCGUAUGGGACUACAAAGCUCUCCCCCGUCCGGGUGGUACGGAUUACGUCGAUCCGGAAGUCGGGGCAUCUUGGUGCUACGACGGUAGCACAAUGGUGAGUUAUGACAAUGUCCAAGUCGCGGAGAUAAAGGCCAAUUUCAUCCGUAACAAUGGACUGGGUGGAGGUAUGUGGUGGGAAAGCAGCGGUGACAAAGGAGGGAGCGCCGCUUCAAAGGCGGAUGGUUCCUUGAUCGGUACCUUUGUGGAAACUGUCGGAGGUGUAGGCGCCCUGGAUCAGUCGCCCAAUAACCUCGAUUUCCCGGAAAGCAAGUUUGAUAAUAUACGAACAGGCAUGCAGGGCGCUUGAGAGUUGAGACUUGUGACUUUUUGAGCAAGUCACGUAUGGAUAUAUGAUUGUGUAUGUAGUGCAGACGAAAUCCUACAAUGAACUACAAGUAAAAUCUUGGCAGAAUGAACCGAUUCCUUUUCUACUAAUAUCUCAUCUAAGCAACAAGGCCACAUGAUAUAUUUCGUCAUUCCUUCACAUCGAAUUCGUGUCGAAACGCUUAUUUGGACUCAUCGAAGAUAUAGGUAAGGUGGCACUUUCCGCAGUACUGACGGUUGUGCAUGGCAGCCAUGAAGACACCGGCACCACACU